UUUAAGCUGAUGAAGAUAAACAUGGGUGCGACUGUUUUAAUGUUUGUUUCUUUGUUCAUGUUUGUGACAUCACAAACGACCGACGACACCAUUGUCAUGACGACAGCAAGUGUAGGGUGUCACGUGAAUUGUGAAUGCAAUCAAACACAUUUGGUUUGUUCAGACGUUGGUCUUAAAACUUUCCCCACACCAAUACAAACAAGUGUGACAACUCUAUUGUUGAAUAGCAAUCGUAUUUCAACGAUUGAUGUUGAAGUUGUGAGUGGUUUGAAUCAACUUACAACAAUCAACAUAAACCAAAAUCAGUUUUCGACGCUAGAGCUUGUGCUCCCACCAAGUGUACAAACGUUAUCGGCAAGUGGUAAUCGAAUAAAAAGAGUGAAUCUUACAUCAACUACGGGAGAACCACUGCAGUUAAAAGAGAUAAAUCUGAGCGAGAACAAAUUGACGAGCAUCCCAGUACUGCCAUCUAGUGUUGAAAUACUCGAGAUGGAAUUAAACAGAAUCGAGACGCUCAACCGUGAACAACUUUCACCACUAGUUAAUUUAAAAGUGUUUCGAGUUACGAGCAGUCAAAUAAAAACAAUCAACGACGACGCAUUUGAUGACAUCAUCAACAUAGAAAUCUUUGAUAUUAGCCUCAACUCUUACACGGAAAUUUACCGAAAAUGGUUCGAAAAUAAACCAAAUCUAAUAGAGGUAAAAGUUCGGACAUUUCAGCUUAACUGUGAUUGUGAACUAGUGUCGGUAUACGACUAUCUGAUUGGACGAGAUCUAGAGGUCGAUGACCUUCCCCAAGUCACAUGUGCAACACCAAAGCCUCUGAUUGGUUACCCGGUUGAAAAUGUGGUACAGAACAACAACAUCACAGGGUGUAAGCCAGAUAUGCCCAUGGUGUUUCGUGAGGUGCCACAGGGAGGAGUGAUAUUUGGAGUCAUUAUUGGAGUUCUAGCUAUCUGUGGCCUCCUUGGGUUGACAGUGUGGUCAAUAAGCAAGCAUUGUGAAGGAUACAGCAGUUUAUGAAUAAUUUGAAAACUCAAAAUGACUAAAAUAAUGAGUUCAAACUGGAAAUAACUGGUUUUAAGAAAACAACUUUACAAGAAUCUUAGGACUUAGUUUGUCUCUAGACAAACUUAAAAUGACUAAACAAAUUUCAGUUCAAACUGGAAUUAACUGGUUUUAAAUGAACCAAUUUAUAAGUCAUCAUCUUAACUUUUUAUCAAAUGUUUUUCUUUGAGCAGUUUAUAAUGCCUUUAAAAACUUAUUGACUAAAACACGAGUUCAAACUGGAAUUAACUGGUUUUAAGGAAACAACUUUAGUCAUAGUCUUAAUUUAAUACCAAAAGAUUUUCAAUAGACAGUUUAUGAUGCCUUUGAAAACUCAAAAUGACCAAAAUAAUGACUUCAAACUGGAAUUAACCGGCUUUUAAGAAAACAAAUUUACAAGUAUCUUAAUUUGUCCCCAAAUAUUUUAAAUAGGGAUGACAUUUAUUGCAUAUUACUGUUCCCUAAAUUAUACCUAAUGUUUAUUGUAUAUAAGAUAGCCUGUCAAGCAUUCUUGUAUAAGUAGUCAAAUAAAUUUUGUCAAAUUGUAAAUAAACAAAUUUAACCAAACUGUGUACUGAACACAAUGGACUGUUAAACUAUUUCAAGAAAAAUGGCAGUUGUUUUGUCGGAAAUACACUACGUUUUUUGAACUAAAUAAGCGACUAAAGGGUUAUUUACAUUAUGACUGGUACAAAAAG